AUGAAAUCCAAUGUAUUUUCAAUAUGUCUGUUGGUUUUCGAAUUUGUUUUCGUCACUUCAAUACCCGUAAAUGGAUAUUACGCUAAUCCCGGUCAAGUGUGUUACCUCAUUGACAACUCUUUCAGUCAACAGAACGAUAAUCCAUUACAGAAACAAAUGCUGCUUGCAGCAUAUUCGCAACCUCUAAAUACUAUUGCUGAAUUAAACAACAAGAACAAGCAAGUCAAGUACAAAUUCGCCAGCAUCGUCAACGAGUCCAAUCCCGUAUCCUAG